GCUCACGGACAUUGCAAGGUUUCGUAGAUUUUUCAGAAUGUAUGUCCUGUACAUCUUGAGUGGGUUAUUGGCACUGGCUAGCAGCAAACCAUGUGAAACCGCCGAGUCAGAUCACAGUGAGCUGCUCCUGUCUCUGAAUAAGAAACUGCUUCGCUCUCUGGAGGACCAGGUCGCCCUCCCCAAUCCCAGUGUGCACCUGGCCCUACGACUGUCCACUCAUCACAACCUCGACAAAGAGAGUAAACACCUCAAUGCGCUGAAAACACGGCUACACGACGACAUCGAGAGCUCUCUGUCUAGGGGCCAGGCUGUGUCUGGACGGCUGGCCCUCUACGUGCUGGCCCUGAAGGCCUCCUGCUACGACCUGAGCUCCCUGACCUUCACGCUCAGCCAGAAGAGCGAGACUCUGCUGACUCACCUGAAGAGACAGAUGGAGCAGGAGAAGGAACACAUCGCCUUCAGCCAUCGUCCCUUGACGACCUACUAUCAGUACUCUCUGGGCGUGCUAGCUCUGUGUGUGAGCGGGGUCCGCGUCAACACGCACGUCAGCAACAAGCUCAUCAAGGCCGUGGAGCACGGACACAUCAAAAAUGGCGACUUCGACUGUAUCGACAGCUUGGCCAUGGCUGGGAUGGCGUUGCAGUGCGUGAAGAACGCUGGGCUGCCGGAUCAGGCCUCGCUGGAUCAAGCCCUGGCCACCAUCAGAAACAAGCUCCUCACCUCCAGACGGGCUGAUGGUCACAUUGGUAACGAGUACAGCACAGGCCUGGCAGUACAGGCCCUUCUGGCGAUGGGCAGCCAGGUAGAGGAGUGCGCUGCGUCCAUGACGGCCAUGAUGUCAGACGCCCGGGGGGGAUGCUACUCCAACCCCAUGGCUGUGUCCCAGACCCUGCCUGCCCUCCAGCACACCUCCUACCUGCAGGUGAAGGACAAGCAGUGCCGCGACGAGGACGGCAGCCUGGUGCUGGAGCCUGGGGAACCUGUGGUGGUGCUGCCCAGCCGCGCCCAGGUGGGGCUGCAGGUGGAAGUGGUGAAGUCCAACGGGGCCGCCGCUGUCUUCCAGGUGGACGUCCCGGCCGGAUCCUCCCUGCUCGACGCCCUGGAACUCCUCCAGCAGAAGAACCAAGACUUCACGUUUAAGAAGGAGGACAGCCUGUGGGGGCCCUUCCUGAGUGUGGUGAACAAGGAGAACGCCAGGCAGACAGAUCGGAGAUACUGGCAGCUGUCCUCCGACGGUGCUGCUCUCAGUCACGGGAUCGUCGACUUCAAGAUAGAGAAAGCUCAGCACAUCACCAUCAGAAACGCAGUGUACUGAGAGCCCGGAGAGGAGACCAGCGUUUCAAUUUCCUGUAGUCUGUUGGUUAAAUCAGCAUGCGAGUGUCAGAACUGCUUGGAGAUGAAGGCGAAGGAGAAGGAAAUUUUUUGAUUGUUUUGAUUCACAAGCUCCAGAUCACCACAUGUAAAUCUCUCAGUAUAAGAGAUUAUAGUAAGAGAUUUAUCACUACAUGUAUCCAGUUGUGUCAUCUUAACCUCAAAUCAGAUUAUUCAAAUUUCAGUUAACCUCAGUUUAAUCGAGCUAUCGCAGUUGUGAUUACAUUUACAUUACAUUGCAUUUAUGCAUUUAGCAGACGCUGAUUACUAUGACUAUGAGUGACUAUGACAUUUGUAUUUUGUAUAUAAUUGCUGUUAUAUUCCAAAUAGUUAAAUAUGACUAAUUUGCUUUUAAUAAACGGGUUUGGAUGUUUA